AAAUAAAACGAGAUUUUGCUCACGGUCGUUUAGGGGCAUUCAGUUACUUUCUCUCUCUGUGGCAUCGUCGUUUGGUUAGGGCACAAAACCCCUUUUCGGAUCGGGGGAACAAAGCCUCGCCGGCGAGAUUCCCGAGGCUGUUCAGUCGGCGAUCGAGCACCGGCGAAAGCGUCGAAGAUGAAGAUUUUCGUGAAGACUCUGAAAGGAACGCACUUCGAAAUUGAAGUGAACCCCUCAGACACGCUUUCUGAAGUAAAGAAAAAUAUAGAAACUGUUCAGGGUGCAGAUGUCUAUCCUGCUGCACAGCAAAUGCUUAUUCAUCAAGGGAAAGUUCUAAAGGAUGGUACCACUUUGGAGGAAAAUAAAGUAGCUGAAAAUAGUUUUAUUGUAAUUAUGCUAUCAAAGACUAAGAGCUCAUCUGGUGAAGGAUCUACUACUUCAACUGCACCUUCAGCUAAGACAAGUGCACCUCCUGCUUCAACCUCUGUUUCCUCUGCACCUCAAGCUCCUGCUGCAACAGUGGCAACGCCUCCACCUGUUACUGCCCCAGCUGCUACACCUGCAGCAGCUCCUGCUCCCUUAUCUUCAGGCCCCGCUGUGGCUGGGUCUGAUAUAUAUGGGCAGGCAGCAUCAAAUCUCGUUGCUGGAAGCAACUUGGAGGAAACAAUUCAGCAAAUCCUUGAUAUGGGUGGUGGAAGCUGGGAUAGGGAUACUGUUGUCCGAGCCCUACGUGCUGCUUAUAACAAUCCCGAGAGAGCUGUUGAAUAUUUGUAUUCAGGCAUACCAGAGCAAGCUGAAGCUCCACCUGUUACUCGAGUGCCUGCAAGUGGACAACCUGCAAAUCCAACUGCUGCUCCACAAGCAGCGCAACCAACAUCGGUUCCAUCUAGUGGACCUAAUGCUAAUCCUUUAGACCUCUUUCCCCAGGGACUUCCUAAUGUUGGUUCUGGCGCUGCUGGUGCUGGCACUUUAGAUUUUCUGCGCAACAGUCAACAGUUCCAAGCCUUGCGGGCUAUGGUGCAGGCUAAUCCACAAAUAUUGCAGCCUAUGCUACAAGAGCUUGGCAAACAAAAUCCUCAUCUUAUGAGAUUGAUUCAAGAGCAUCAAGUUGACUUCCUUCGCCUGAUUAAUGAACCUGUUGAAGGCAGUGAGGGGAAUAUACUGGGACAGCUGGCUGGGGCCAUGCCACAGGCUGUGACUGUCACCCCUGAGGAGCGGCAGGCAAUUGAACGUCUCGAAGCAAUGGGUUUUGAUCGUGCAACUGUGUUGGAGGUGUACUUCGCUUGUAACAAAAAUGAGGAACUGGCUGCCAACUACCUUUUAGAUCACAUGCAUGAGUUUAAUGAUGAAUAAUUAUAUCUCUGUUGCAAUUUGUCAAAUAUUUGUUAUGUUUCCUCUUCAUGGCUAUUUCUCUUUGUUAUGUAAUGAGGUAAUGUUUGAUAAUGACAAGUCUCGAAUGGACAAGGAAUAUUUUAAUCACCGAAUUAUUGUCCAUGAACUCAUCUUUUCUUAGAAUUUUUCUCAAUAUAUAUAUAAUCUUUCAAACCUCCUUAUUUUUGAGGUUUU